AUGCACCUCCCGGCAACCACCCUCAUAACGCUCGCACUGGCCGGGCAGGCGCUCUCCCGGGCAGCGGACAUGGUGUGCACGGCGGCGUCGGCGACGACGCUGCUCUGGCGCGUGACGGGCUUCGAGUACCGCGACCAGCGGGUGGCCAUGGGCGCGUCGCGGCUCGAGUACGGCCUGGCCAACUUCACGCUGCAGAACUCGGCGCUCGCGCACAAGACGACGUGCACGGCGGUGUCGACGCGCAGCAGCCCGGGCUUCUUCGCGGGCGACGUGGCGUACGACUGCGCCGUGAGGCCCGACGCCAAGGGCGACCUGUCCCGGUUCGCGUUUGACCGGGCCUCGGGGCUGCUGACCAUCAACCAGACGUGGGCGUGUGACAGGGACGGCAGCCGCUUCGGCGGGCAGGGGCAGGUGAGGCUCAGCUUGAAGUGUAGCGAGCGCGAGCAGAGCUCGACGUUGCACUCGGGGACGAAUUACUCGGAUCGCAGUGUGGUUUGUGACAAGGUGAAUGUUCCUGUGAAUAUCACCUAUUUGCAGGGCACUAUUUAA